AUGGCCUGGCUGGGCGCGCUGCUCAGCUUUGCGCUGCUGGGGGCCGCAGUGGCCCGCGACCUCUGGUACGUCCUGGGGGUGGCGGACGCUGGCAACAGCACGGGGCGCGCCGCGCGGCUGUCCUCGCACUCGGGGCGCCUCUGGCGCGUCUGCGAAGGGCAAAACAGCUGCAUCCCCCUGAUCGGCCCCUUUGCCAGUGACCUGGAUGUCCCCACCUCCGUGCAGCACAUCUCCCUGCACCGAGCUGUCAUGGUGGUCCUGCCCCUGAGCCUCGUCCUUGUCGUGUGUGGCUGGAUCUGUGACCUCUUCAGUUCCCUGGCACAGAGCGUCCUGCUGCUGUUUUUCACCGGCUGCUACUUCUUGCUGGGGGGUGCCCUGACCCUGGUGGGGGUCAGCAUCUACAUCCACUGCUCACACCUGGCCUUCGCCGAGACCGGCCGCCAGUGGCCCCAGCACAUGCGGGACAUCCGUGUCUGCUCCGGCUGGGCUCUAGCCCUGGCCUGGGGCUCCUGCGCCUCAGAGGCUCUCUGUGGCCUCCUCCUGCUCACAGCACGCCCGAACCCGCAGGCUGAGCCGGCAGCAGGGGGCCCCCCACUCUGUGGCCUCAGUCCUUGUCCUGGUGCAUCUGCUGCUUCUGCUGGGCUGGUGCUCCAGGACGCCGAUCCUCCCAUCUGCAGCCCCCUGGGGAAUGUCUGUGAUUCCAGGGGCCUGGUGGGUGCCCUGAACUAG